AUUGCCAUAGUCGGCAAGUCUCAUUGUCGUGUCUUAGCAGCUCCUGCCUAUCGUCGGCGAUUCUUUCCCUUCAGGGGCGGAGUGGCACAAUGUCUGUUCCAAAGUCCGAAUAUCUGAGCAACGUUUGGGCCGACGGCAUUUUCGCCAACCGAGUGCUCUUCAUCACUGGCGGGGCGGGAACCAUUGGAAGUGCGCAGACCCGGGCGCUCGUGCAUCUUGGUGCCGAUGCCUGCAUUAUCGGGCGCAGCGUCGAGAAGACGGAGGCCGCGGCGAAGGAGAUUGCCAAAGUCCGCAAUGGCGCCCGAGUCCUUGGCAUCGGCGGCGUAGAUGUCCGGAACUUUGAUGCCCUCAAGGCGGCAGCAGACCGCUGUGUGAAAGAGCUUGGAGCGAUCGACUAUGUCAUCGCCGGCGCGGCGGGCAACUUCGUGGCGCCCAUCUCGGGCCUCAGCCCCAACGCCUUCAAGACGGUCAUCGACAUCGACACGAUUGGCACCUUCAACACCAUCAAGGCCACGAUCCCGCACCUCGUCGCCUCGGCCGCCCGCAACCCCAACCUCAACCCGUCCGGCCUGACCGGCGGCCGCUUCAUCGCCGUCUCGGCCACCUUCCACUACACGGGCAUGCCGCUGCAGGCGCACGUCUCGGCCGCCAAGGCGGCCAUCGACUCGCUCGUGGGCUCGCUGGCGCUCGAGUACGGCCCGUUCGGCGUGACGGCCAACGGCAUCGCGCCGGGCGCCAUCGCGGGCACCGAGGGCAUGGAGCGCCUCGCCAGCAGCCGCAUGUCCAAGGCGGACCAGGACCGCGGCGUCCCCAGCGGGCGGUGGGGCACGGUGCGCGACAUCGCCGACGCCACCGUCUUCCUGCUGAGCGACGCGGCUAGCUACGUCAACGGCACCACCCUUGUCGUGGACGGCGCCGGCUGGCGCAGGCAGGGCGGGCUCGCGGUCGGCUUGGACCCCGGAAUGGUGUAUCCGGAUUUCCUGUUGAAGGGUGAGGUGAGCAAGAACCUGAAAGACGGGCGGCGAAAGAGCAAGUUGUGAAUGGGCUUGGUUACGAAAAUGUCGGCGUGUAAUUUGCCUUGGGUAUUGGGUUUCGGGACUUGUGAGGUUUCGGGACUUGCGGGGU